AUGGCAAUGGCAUCACCAACCCCGAUGGGCUCCUCCCAUUUUGCAUCGCUCUCCAGACGACCCUCUUCACGACAAGCAUACAGACAGCAACCCUCUAGGCCUCAGCUGGCCCAUGAUGAACCUUACCACCCAGAAAACCACGCGCGGCAUUAUUCCCUGAACGACAGCUCCGACGAUGAAAUACCUUUGCCUAUGAAAUUCAGUGCUCUCACGAAAGCCUUGCUCAAUGAUGAAGCUUCUCUGGUCGAGAAAUCUCCCCCGAGAUCAGCUCGGAGAAGUCCUACGUUCAGUGGGCACAAUAGGACACAUGUGAAAGCUGGGAGCGAAGGCACCCUCGAUUCGCCAAACCAGGAUCGAGUAUCUCCUCCAGGUAGUCGAGUCCACAGUCCAUAUCCUCGGCGGGUGGUACGACUAAGCGGAACUCCUGGUUCCUCAACCCUUAGGAGAACAUCAUCUUUGUCAAGUGCCGUUAAAAGACACAAUGAACAAGCUGCUGCGAAAGCAGAAGGCCCAUUGGAUCUCAGUACACCAGCUCCUGUACCUAGGACUGUGCGGAUCCCUUUAACAUCUUCCGGAAACAAUGGGUUGUUUGGAGGUUCUUCAGGCCGGAACUCGAAUAAGUCAGACUCAGCAUCACGAAAGGAGGACGGCGAGAUUGAAUCACAGGAAUACUCCACAGCUGCGGCAAGAUCACACUUAGCCAAUGGUCAGGGCAGUGUUUCGAGAUAUGGCUCAACCAUUGGACGUGCCAGGUAUGGUGAAGACAUUGGAUUACAAAGCUCGAUGCGAAUUAAGAGAGUUGGAAAGGUGGCUGGGAGUUUUUUGAGUGGACCGGCUCGGCGCGGAAGGAGGCGUUUGGAUGAUGAAGAGCAGAGCCCUUUGGAGGGGCAGAGUGAUGGAUUGGAUAACGCUGGGUCUAGUCAAGACCCACAAAGUCAGGAGUCACAGGCUCAAGAGUCCCAGAGUCAAGAAUCGGGCUCCAGUGAAGAACCAGAGGCAAACCGCGCAUCUCUAUAUUCGUCGACAUAUAGAGACUUUGCUUCCGGAAGCCCUGUCGGCUCAAAGGACAUCCUCAAUUCUGUCUUGAGGUCUACUUCACCACCUCCCCCUACUCUUGGCAGCUCUCAGAGGCCAGCUGCUACCAAUUCGGAUUUGCAAGCAGCACCACAACCAGUUCCAGUAUUCAAAGUCCCAGCACCACGGCCGGACUUACCUUCAGCUCAUGAUCAAGAAAAUGAAGCGCCUCCCACAUUCAAGAGGAAUAAGCAAGCACCGCUGAUUCACUUUGACACAAUGGAAAAGGCUCCUGUACGACCACAGAGCAUGGAUAUGAGUGCUUUGCGAACUGCUUCUCCGGAAAGACGCGCGUUGGCUCCCAGAAGUCAAAAUACGCCGCGGAGACCUGCACCUCCACCCCCGAAAAUGUCGAUUCUCGAAGCAGCAACCAGUACGGCGGGGGCGGCCACGACUUCACAUGCAAGCAGCAAGAGAAACAAAUUAAAAGUUAAUGGCAAGCAAUUUACGCGACUGGAUUGUAUUGGGCGCGGGGGAAGCUCAAGGGUUUAUCGAGUCAUGGCAGAAAACUCCAAGUUCUUCGCAUUGAAGAGGGUAUCUUUGGACGAUGCCGACGAGACGGCCGUCCGUGGUUUUAAGGGAGAGAUUGAUCUCCUUAGAAAGCUGGAGGGGGUUGAGAGGGUCAUCCGUCUUUACGACUACGAACUCAACGAGGACAAAGGAACCUUGAGCGUGCUUAUGGAAAUGGGAGAGUUGGACAUGAAUAAGAUUUUGGAACUCCGCUUGAAGUCGGAGCACGCAAAGUUUGACGUCAGCUUCGUUCGUCACUAUUGGAAGGAGAUGCUUGAAUGCUUACAAGCGAUUCACGAGCAUGACAUCGUUCAUUCCGACUUGAAGCCGCACAACUUUGUUCUUGUUCAAGGACGGUUGAAACUGAUCGAUUUUGGUAUCGCCAACGCCAUUCAAACAGACGAGACGGUCAAUGUUCAUCGGGAGACACAAAUCGGCACUCCGAAUUAUAUGUCUCCCGAAUCCCUGAUGGACUCAAACGCGAAACCCGAUGCAAGAGGCAGGAUACCGAACGAACCGAAGCUUAUGAAGUUGGGCAAGCCGAGCGAUAUUUGGAGUUUAGGAUGUAUCCUCUACCAGAUGGUUUACGGCCGUGCUCCUUUUGCCCACAUCCAGAACCAGAUGCAACGCUGCCAAGCCAUUAUUAACUGGAGCUAUGCCAUCGAGUACCCUACGAUAGGCGUUGGAAGUGUUCCGGUACCCGCAAGCCUGAUCAAAACGCUGAAGAAAUGCUUGAACCGAGAUCAACACCAAAGACCAUCGGCGACGGAACUUUUGGAUGAGAGGGAUCCAUUCUUGAACCCGGUCGAGUUCGAUGAUGCCGCUAUCCCUAUGACCGAAGAGUUGCUGGGCCGCAUACUGCAGAACGUGGCCCUGAAAUGUAGAGAUAGGAUGCCGACAGAUGCGGAAAUCCUCGUGGCCUGGCCAAAGGGCUACAUGGCCAACCUGCGGCAGAAGUUGAGGGACGGAAGACCGUUGUAG